AUGUUACCGAGAUUUGUAAUAAAUGAUGUGAUAGCCCCGGUAUCAGAAGUUGAUGAGUUAUGUGAAGCUUCAGUGGAGAGCAUUUCGUUGGUGUUGAAGAGUUUGGCCCGACUCAGUUCAGUGAGCCCGAACCCUUGGCUCGUUCAAGCGGCGGUGGAUUUGGCUUGUGCGAAGUAUGUGAAAGAGUUGGACGAAGUGUGUCACAGUCUUGUUCAUGAGUUGGAGAAGACGGAAAAAGCUCUCAGUCGAAAACUGUGUCAUCCGACAGCUACACUUCGACAGGACGAACCCACUACGGCCUUGGGGUGGUACGCCAAGUGCCUGGUGGCCCAGUGGCGACAGACAUUGCGCGAUGUCGCAAAAUCGCACGAUGCCGAACUCUUCGCCAAGAGCACGGAAGCAAUCAGAAAACACAAAAUGGCUUGGAUAAAGGAACACGGCACCUGCAAAUAA